AUGCAGCUAUUCCUCUCCCUUCUUGGCCUUGGCAGUCUUGCCAACAUCGCCCACGCAGGCCUCGGCGCGUUGAACUUCCCUGGAGGAUUGCCUUUCCUCUUCAAUGGCGCCGCGCUGAUCAACCAUCCUAAUUGGACUAGCCAGCACCCCCGAGAUAGCACCCUGGAGGGUGCCAACUUCUUUUCCUAUGUGACUGAUAAAGGCUAUUUGAGCUUCGGCUGGUGGCUGAAACCAUCGUCUGAUACCGACUAUUCCCAUUGUAAGCCGGAUUCAUCCGACUUCAUGUGGUAUGAAUGGUCGGACAAGAUGUACGGAUGUGACGACGAGGGCUGUAAGGCGCAUGUUGUCAACUACCUGGUUGCCAAUAACAGCGAGCCGUCAUUUGAGACAGACUACGUCUUUGGUGUUGCCAAUCUCGCAGCUCCGGAACUGGGCUCUCUGAGUAAAAGUUACUUUGACGAGAAGCAGGGAGCCUCGGCGGUGGCGACCCGGCAUGUGCUCUCCACGGCAGCCACAACCGCAUCUGACUGCUGCAAGGCACUGAAGACCUUGCGCGGGGUACAAAACAAGUACAAGAUCAAGCUGGACUUCGAGCUCGUGGAUAUCUGUCCACAGCAGAAAACGGUGGACUCGUGGCAUCAGGGUCAAAUUCCACUAGGUGGCGGGUGUGAUCUCGAUGGAGAGUUUGGCCACGAGCUUCGUUGA